AGGAAAAGUGGGCGUGUUGUUGCCUUUGAGGCAGCAGCAGAGGCAGUCGGAGGUAACUGAAAAGGAUAUAUUUGACAAACCGUGGCUUUGCGUAAGGGUUUGUUUGGGGUGAGUGAAGAAAACCAACUCUUUUUAAAAAAAAAAAAAACUACAAAGUAUCAUUUGAGUGCAAAUAGCCUUUAAAAAACAAUUUUAAAAAAUCACCGAUAGACUAAAACGGAGGGUGGGGGAGGGACUGCGUCUCCUCGCUCCAUCUCACGUUACCGAGCUAUAGUGGAGUGGCGAGGUCAGCACGGCUCCAGCUGCGACACGUGAACCUGCCUCCAAAUAUAAAUGUGAUCAAACGCCGCUCAGAGGGUCCUCACACCCCUGCGUCGAAAGUCCCCCCCGCCCAGAAUCCCCUUUACGCACAAGGCCACGACCAAGAGAGCGCAGCUACGCGUAUAGCCGAGUGAACUCAGGAUGAGACUGGGUGGCGUGGCCCAGCUAUGUCCAGUCAGUCGGACGGUGCUGUGAGUGGCGGCGGCAGCUGUGGAACGUGGAGAAAGAAUCCUCUCAUGGGACUUCCAGGUCCUGAAGCGCCUGAUACGGAGGCAACGUGAGGAGCGCGCGAGCCUCCAGAACACGGAGCGACACCAGGACUCUCCUCAUACCAACGGGUUCCGACUGGGAAGGAAAGGGGACGAACCCGUCUUUGAGCCGAGCGCACAGAGGACCCGAGCCUGAAGGUUGUGGGUACAUAACAUGGGAGUGCAAUGUUGUCCAGGAAGGGACUCAUUCCUGAGGAUUACUUGCUGACACGAUUAGCUGAGGAUGUUCUGCAGCCGAGGUUCAAGGCCAAACAAGGGAAGGCCCGGUUUGUGGGGAAGAACGGCACCUGCAACGUUGCGCACACCAACAUCCGAGAACAGGGUCGGUUCUUACAGGACGUGUUCACCACACUAGUGGAUUUAAAAUGGCUCCACACUCUCAUCAUUUUCACCAUGUCCUUCCUAUGCAGCUGGCUCCUGUUCGGGAUGAUCUGGUGGCUCGUGGCUUUUGCGCACGGAGACCUGGGUGAAACGGGGGUUGAUUUUGUCCCGUGCGUAACGGACAUCCACUCUUUCUCCUCAGCCUUCCUCUUCUCCAUAGAAGUCCAGGUGACCAUCGGCUUCGGGGGUCGGAUGAUCACGGAGGAAUGCGUCUCGGCCAUCAUCAUCCUCAUAGUGCAGAACAUCGUGGGACUGGUCAUCAACGCCAUCAUGCUGGGCUGCAUCUUCAUGAAAACUGCGCAGGCCCACCGGCGCGCGGAAACGCUCAUCUUCAGCAAGCACGCGGUCAUCUCCCUCCGAAACAGCAAGCUGUGUUUCAUGAUCCGCAUCGGGGACCUGAGGAAAAGCAUGAUCAUCAGCGCCACCGUGCGUAUGCAGGUGGUAAGGAGGAGCACCACGGAGGAGGGAGAGGUGGUGCCCCUUGACCAGAUCGACAUUCACAUGGAUAACCCGGUGGGGACCAACGGGGUCUUCCUGGUGUCCCCACUCAUCAUCUGCCAUGUCAUCGACAAGUCCAGCCCGCUGUACGAGCUUUCACCGAACGACCUGCAGCACCAGGACCUGGAGGUGAUCGUGGUGCUGGAGGGGGUGGUGGAGACCACCGGCAUCACCACGCAGGCCAGGACUUCCUACGUGUCGGAGGAGAUCCUGUGGGGCCAGCGCUUCGUACCGACGGUGUCCGAAGACGACGGCAUGUACGCAGUGGACUAUUCCAAGUUUGGCAACACCGUCAAGGUACCGACGCCGUGCUGCAGCGCCAAGAAGCUGGAUGAGGCCGGUGGCGUCGGGCGGUUUAAGCUGAACGAGGGCGUCACCAUGCGGCCGUCCGUGAGAAGGCGGAGGGGGGCCGCGAUGGUGCGCAGGUCCAGAAUGGAGAACAAGUGAGGCGUUCUGCUUAAAACUGAGCCGCUUCACUUUCAGUAUCAAUUUUUUAAAACAACAAAAAACCCUGAAUCUUAUUUAUUUUACAUUUGUAUGCACACAUAAACCUGUGUUUACCUCAGGAUCAGAGAGACAAAAAAUCUGACUGUUGGAAUAGUUCAGAAUUUCAACAUUGGGGUUCUGUGAAAAGGUUACAAGUGGUUAAUAACCUGUCUAUCUUUAACAAACGGUUCUCAGUCCCUCCCUAUUUAUUAUGAAUCCAGAGUGAUUAUCUGAGAGGAAACAUUAAACUCUACCACCCUAAAGCAGCUCUAGUCUCAACGCUGUUUUUAAUGUGGCUUUAUUCAUUUAUUUUAAUUUUUUACCAAAGCCCUGCACAAAAUAUCUUAUGUGUGCUGCAUCAGUGUCAUGACUUGAAAUAUAAUCUGAAGAAUGAAUUAUUUAAUGAUUGAUCUCUAUGACAGAGACAAUAAAGCAAGCAGAUUUCUGUGAAUUUGAUAGCAUUGGAAUUUACUAAGGAUGAACACUAAAAUUGAAAGGAGUUGAAACUACAAAGUCUGAAUACCAAAGUAUCCAACAUUUAUCUGAGAGGAGAAAGAUGGGAAGGAUUUCAAAGACUGAGAAAGACAUUUGUUCGUUCAGCUUUCAACACCAGAGCUGCCGAGGACAGAAAUAGAAACUAGAAACAGUGCCUUACUUUUGUCAGCUGUUUUUUCCCUCUCAGUUGAGGAGCAGAAGGCUUUCUCUUACCCGUCUUUCUGAACAGGUAAACAGUUCUGGACUUUUCAAUGUUCUCACUCUGGAUAUGGCACCAGGUUGGAUGUGCAUGAAGAAGUGCUUAAAGAAAGUUAAUCAGUACCCAAAGUUACAAACAAUAUAUGGAAAUAUAUAUAUUUUACCAAAAUGUCUACAAUCUAUUACUGCAAUUGUAAUACAUCUUUGAAGUUUCAAACAUCAGUAAUCGAUCUAUUGAACAGUUAUUCUAAUAGCUAAUAUGCUUGAUUAAAAAUUUAUUAUCAAACUUAGAAAAUAGUUUGAGUACUUUGGUACAAAAUAGAAGUAAGGAGGGAUGAAAUACUGUUUGUAGGCACAGAACCGGAGUACAAAUUGUCAAAUGGAGGAAAUAACUCUAGAGUUCUUAAUUGGGUCGGAGAUCUGAUCCAAUUUAGUCAUGUUUUCUUUUCCUGGUAAGAAAUUAAAUUUUUUAACCUUUUAACAAAACCCCACUUCAGAACUUCUGAGCUGUUUAAAUGUGAGCCCUGGCAUCCAGAGUGCAAUGUUUGUUUUUUAAAAUCUGAGUGAUUGCAUGUAUUUUAAAUGAUUAGAAACGGAGAUGCUUAACUUAAAGAUAAACAUAAUGUUGUACAUGGCCUUGCUGAAAAUGACAUUAAAGUAAAGCUGUUUUCAUGUA